AAAUCAGUGUCACCGAGUUUUGGUUUUUGCAAAGUUCUGCAUGUAAACCUUUUCCUAUCAGCCGCAGGCAAACCCCAGCCUUUUUAUCCUUUGCAUCCAAAAAUAGAAUAGUAUAGUUAUGUCGCAGAAUUACAUAAAAGUGCUUCUGAAAUCUUUUCGUGAGAGCAAAAGUGUAGUGAAUUUCUUGCGGUGGUUCGAGCCAGGUGCUAGUGGGGGUGCUCCAUCAGCUGGGAGGGGUGAAAAUGAGGUGCCAGCGGGCAAGGCGGGGGCGGCGCAGUACAGCACGGGGGUGCGGCGCGUGACGCUCAUCCCGGGCCACGGCAUCGGGCCGGAGAUCACCGUCGCCGUCCAGAAGAUAUUCGAGGCCGCUAAAGUCCCCAUUGAGUGGGAUGAGGUCGAUGUCACAGCUGUUAGGGGUCCGGACGGCAAGUUCGGAAUCCCGCAGAAGGCGAUUGACUCAGUCAACGAGAACAAGAUUGGACUGAAGGGACCGCUCAUGACCCCCAUUGGCAAGGGCUACCGGUCCCUGAACUUGGCGCUCAGGAAGGAGUUCGACCUGUAUGCCAACGUCAGGCCCUGCAAGAGCUUGGACGGAAUAAAAACCCUAUACGACAACGUGGACGUAGUAACCAUCCGCGAGAACACCGAAGGCGAGUACUCGGGCAUCGAGCACGAGAUCGUGGACGGCGUGGUGCAGUCCAUCAAGCUCAUCACGGAGGAGGCCAGCACGCGCGUCGCCGAGUUCGCCUUCCAGUUCGCGCGCGACAACAAGCGCAAGAAGGUCACCGCCGUGCACAAGGCCAACAUCAUGCGUAUGUCGGACGGUCUGUUCCUGCGCUGCUGCCGGGACCUGGCCACCAAGUACCCGGACAUCAAGUUCGAGGAGCGCUACCUCGACACCGUGUGCCUCAACAUGGUGCAGGACCCCUCCAAGUUUGAUGUGCUGGUGAUGCCCAACCUGUACGGAGACAUCAUGUCGGACAUGUGCUCGGGGCUGGUGGGUGGUCUCGGCCUCACGCCAUCCGGCAACAUCGGCAAGAACGGAGCCCUCUUCGAAUCUGUCCACGGGACGGCGCCAGCGAUCGCCGGUCACGACAAAGCGAACCCCACCGCUCUACUCCUCUCAUCAGUCAUGAUGCUACGCUAUCUCAAGAUGGAGGACUUCGCCAACCGGAUCGAAGGGGCCUGCUUCAAGGUGCUGAGUGAAGGGAGGGUGCUGACUGAGGACCUGGGAGGCAAGAGCAAGUGUACGGAGUACACUAGUGAGAUUAUUAGGAAUCUGAAUUAGGAUGGUGAUGUUGGGUGGUUGGGGAACCGUUCUUGAUUAGACUUAGGUACUUAAUUGAAGUCACUAAUGUUAUGAUUGGGAACAGAUGGUAUGGUACCUGAAUGAGAUCAGAAGUUUGUAGCGACAAAAGUCUGUUCGCAUGUAGGAAGGAUUGGUUGCUUUCUUUGACGGUAAAAGUAUUCAUCCUCGAUCAACUUUUUCCAUUAGAUAGUGCUGUCAAAAGCGGUUCGUUGAAAAGUGCUCUUACUUUUAUGGAGAAUUUGUGAGAAUUGUUAUAUUUUAUUGGAAUGGGUGGUGAAAAUAACAUUAGUGAUGUAUACAAAUGUAAUAUGGUAUAAAAUAAGAACGGUUUCCCAACAAACGCAGUCCUUAGGUGCCCUAACUUAAAUUGAUUUAUUUAUUAGACGCAAUUGUUAACUAACCAUAGUUCAAAUUUCAGACAUUAAUAUGAUUAAAAGUUAAAUAUUUAAUGGCUGUUAUGAAUCGUGAGAUAAUGUACUUAAUUUUAGUGCAAACAUUGACUGCCAAAGAAUAUUAUGUUCUGUACAAGUUUUCAAGUUAACUGUAAGUACUUACCUAUUGGGAUAAACAGACCUGGUUGAUAAUGAAAGUAUUUUUUGUGUCAGCAGAUUUACAAAAAGUUAACACCGUUUUUCUGCUAUAAUUCACUUAUUAAUUACUUAAAAUUUACUUUAAAAAACAUGCAUUAGAUUGAUCCUAAUGUAGCUUAUCUUAUGUAAUGAGGCCUUAGAUUCAGUUUCACAAAUAUUUAUGAUGUAGUUUAAAUACAGAUUUCAGGAUGUUGUUUAAUUAUCAUCUAGUAGGUACGGUCGGCUUAUUUGAAAUAUGGCAGACUAUAUUUUUGUAGUAUGUUUGGAUGGUUAUGGAUAUGUUAGAUAUAUCCAUAACCAUCCACCAUUCGAUUAAAUGUCUAGUUUGCUUUAACACGGCCCUAUAUUUCAAAUCGGUUGACUAGUAGAAUAGCUAACGAACAAGUGCUCUCUAGAACGAACCAAGUAUUAGGUACUUAUGCUAAUAUUAGUUUGAGAAGGACAAUAUGUAUUCAUAAUAUAAUACAACUGUAGCCUUGCUAGUAAAGAAAGGCCUUGUUGUUUUAAUACAUAAAUGUAAUGCUAGGAAAUUAGAUUUACAUUGCGUGAUCCCAAGUGAAAACGAUGUUACCAUUAUUAUAUUAUUAUGAAGUUAUUAUUUUAAUGACUAUCUUUAACCCUGUUUGUGUGUGUUUGCCAUAUUUGUUUCCUCUAAGUUACAUACUAUACAACCCUAUAACAGUAUUUUUUUCCCUGUAUCGUCUUACAGUAUUUGUGAUUUUCCGUUCCUAGUUUUAGUUAGUAAAUUCAAGUUUAUGGAGUCUAUAAUGGCUGUAUCCUGUAUUUAUUUGUAAGAUAUAUUUUUCAUGAAGUGUAGCAAACACGAGAUUAAAUAUUUCAAUACGAUUAUGACCAUAGAUUUUGUAGAAAUUACUUACCUAUGUAUACCUACUAGUAAAUUUUUACUGGUCCAUUUAAAUGUCGAAUUUAUUGCAUUUUUGUAUAAUUUAAUGUAAGUAGAUCAGAUACAAUCUGAUAUAAAGGCUCUGUGCUUGAUAUUUAAGACAUUUUGUGCAACAGGUUCUAAAGAAUCGCAUUUUUUAUUUUAAUUUGUUUUUACUCUUAGUACAAUUCUUUACUUUUUACAGUAGUUUACUGUUAUAUUUAAGUACUUGUGUAUGUAUCAACAAAAUGCAAUUAGUUAAAUAAAAGUGACCGAGUGAA